AUGAGGAAAUGCUGGAUAGAAAUAGAGGUGUUUGGUAACCUGACUGAUAAAAAAGAAAAAGUGCAGACAGAGCUGGAGAAGUACUCAAGUGAGAAAGAUCACCAUGAAGCAAUAGCUCAGGCUCACCCCCUGCAGUCUCCAGGAAAGGAGCCCCCAGCCCUGCUGCAGUUGAUGUGGCACUCACCAGACUCACCCCUGUCGGCGGGGGAGCUGGUCGGGCUGCCGCCGUCGCAGCUGGUGGAGCUGGUGCAGUGGAGCGACCUGAUCCUGUUCGACUACCUGACGGCCAACUUCGACCGCCUGGUCAGCAACCUCUUCAGCCUGCAGUGGGACCCGCGGGUGAUGCGCCGCGCCACCAGCAACCUGCUCCGCGGCCCCGACGGCGGGCUCGUCUUCAUGGACAACGAGGCGGGGCUGGUGCACGGCUACCGCCUCCUCGCCAUGUGGGACCCGUACAACGAG